AUGUCUGACGAGGAUCUUCGGAACGCCAUCCUGCAGCUAACAAAUCUCAUCAUGAGGCAGCAGCAGCAGAUUGAAAACCUGGAAAAUCGGGGAAAUCCGACUGCUGGCAGUGAGAAGAUUAUUGAGUCCUUGGCAAGCGGGAUCCAGGAUUUCCAGUACGAUCCGGACGGAGGAGUUUUCUUCGAUGGCUGGUAUGCGAGGUACGAGGAUGUCUUUACAAAGGACGGCCAAUCCCUGGAUGACGCCGCUCGUGUGAGAUUGCUUAUUCGCAAGUUAAGCACGCCUCUGCACGAGAAGUACGUCAACACCAUUCUUCCCAAGCAUCUCCGGGACUUCACCCUGGACGAAACCGUCACGAAGCUGAAGAAACUGUUCGGUCGACAGAAGUCGAAAUUGGAAGCCGACCAAACCGCAGUCAACGAAUUGGGAGAAGCCACCAGCAAGGUAACCCUGGAGAAUCUCGUGGAAGAAUGCCAUCGCGUGGCCAAUCUCAAGCAGGACACAUUGAUGGUGGAGAACAAAGAAGCACGCAACGUCAACAUUGUUUCUCGCAACCAGAAUAAUCCUGCCUCAAAAAAGAACCAAAAAGUGCCGAAAACGCCAUGUUGGAAGUGUGGCGACCAGCACUAUGUUCGUGAGUGUCCGUUCGCUUCGCACACCUGUUCCAGAUGCAAGCAACAAGGACACAAGGAAGGUUAUUGCAACAGCAACAAGAAUGUGCCGUCGAAACCGUUCAAACAGGCCAAAUCCAAAGAGAACGUGAAGACAAAAAGCAUCUACACGGUUCGCAACAUCGGAAGCAAGCGGAAGUUCAUCCCGGUCGAGCUCAAUGGUGUAGCAGUCAAACUUCAACACGACUCGGCGUCCGACAUCACCAUAAUCUCAGAAGAAACAUGGAUCAGCAUCGGACAGCCACCCACUCAACCGACGGAAGAAUCUGCAGUUACAGCUUCUGGUGGCAAUCUCAACCUUCUCGCUGAGUUUCAGACCGAGAUCACCAAUUUCAUCUCAAGCAGCGCUGAACUCAACGUUCUAGGAAUCGAGACUAUGGAUCUGUUCGAUUUGUGGUCUGUGCCGAUAAGCAGCUUGGUCAACGUCGUACACCAACGUUCUGAUCAGUUCACCAAUCAACUCAAGCAACAGUUUCCGGAAGUUUUUCGAAGCACGCUGGGUAGAUGCACAAAAGCGCAAGUGAAGUUGUACCUCAAACCUGACGCACGUCCUGCAUAUUGCCCGAAACGACCAGUAGCGUACGCUGCACUCGCCAAGGUGUACGCAGAACUUGAGAGGCUCCAGCAAAACGGUAUAAUUUCUCCAGUUCAAUUCUCGGACUGGGCAGCACCAAUAGUCGUCGUACGCAAGUCGGACAAUGUAUCAGUCCGUGUAUGUGGCGAUUAUUCGACGGGGCUGAACAACGCGCUAGAAUGUGACCAUCAUCCCCUGCCUCAUCCUGACGACCUCUUUGCGGAACUAGCUGGAGCACGUUACUUCACUCAUCUCGAUUUGUCUGACGCUUACCUACAGGUCGAGGUCGAGGAGGAAUCGCGAAAGCUACUCACGGUCAACACGCAUCGUGGACUGUUCCAGUAUAACCGACUACCCCCCGGAGUCAAGUCGGCACCCGGCGCUUUCCAGCGCAUCAUCGACAGCAUGGUGGCCGGCAUCCCUGGAGUCAAGCCGUAUUUGGACGACAUCCUCAUCGCUGGUCGCACCAAGCAGGAACACGAUCGCAGUCUCUACGCUGUUCUCGAGCAGAUCCGUGAGUAUGGCUUUCACCUACGCCUAAAAAAAUGUCGUUUCGCACACUCCCAGAUCAAGUUUCUCGGACACAUCGUAGAUAAGGACGGUAUUCGGCCUGACCCUUCAAAAACAGAAGCCAAUUCCAAGAUGCAGUCUCCGAAGGAUGUCCAGCAACUCCGUUCCUACCUCGGUGCUGUCAACUACUAUGGUAGAUUCGUUAAGCAGAUGAAGCAACUCAGGGCUCCUCUGGACAGCCUCCUCAAGAAAGAUGCACGCUGGAACUGGACCAAGAAUUGCCAGAAGUCUUUCGAGCAGCUCAAGGCCAUUCUACUUUCCGACCUGCUGCUUACACACUACGACCCGUCCAAGGAAAUCGUUGUAGCAGCAGAUUCAUCGAAGUACGGCCUUGGCGCUGUCAUCAUGCAUGGAUUCCCGACCGGUGAAGUGAAGGCAAUUGCGCACGCCUCGCGCUCACUGACCCCAGCAGAGAUGAACUACGGACUAGUGGAGAAGGAAGCAUUGGCCCUGAUAUUCGCUGUCACCCGUUUCCACAAAAUGCUGUAUGGACGACACUUCCUCCUCCUGCAAACCAAUCAUCAACCGCUACUCAAGGUUUUCGGCUCAAAGAAAGGUAUUCCUGUUUACAUAGCAAACCGUUUGCAGUGCUGGGCCUUGACACUUCUGCUGUACGACAUCCAACACGUUUCAUCGACGAAUUUUGGCUAUGCAGAUUUUCUAUCCCGGCUAAUGUCAUCGCAGCAUAGACCAGAUGAGGAUUACGUCAUAGCCGCCGUGUGCGUCGAAUCUGAAGCAAAAGUAAUUCUCGACGACACCAUCAGCAACCUUCCAGUCACGCACCAGAUGAUUGUGGCUGAGACUCGAAAGGAUCCAGUUCUUCAGCAAGUGGUGAAUUUCCUUAACGAAGGUUGGCCAGCAAAUGCGAAGUUCUUCGCCAGACGAGAUGGACUUCAAGUUGUCGACAACUGCGUUAUGUUCGGCGAUCGAAUCGUCGUCCCAUCAAAGUUUCGAAAGCGGAUCGUUCGGCAACUGCAUCGUGAACACCCAGGAAUGGACCGAAUAAAGUCUCUGGCCCGAAGUUACAUCUACUGGCCUAACGUUGACGACGAUGUGGAGCAAUUUGUCCGCCAAGCGGAGCGAUUCGUUGAUUCACUCAAGCGUGGCCUCAAGAAGCUAGCCAAGGGGGAAGGAUCACUCACACUGGAGCACCUGCAGACAUUCCUUUCGCUGUAUCGUUCAAUCCCAAACCGAAACACACCGCAGUCGACGUCUCCAGCAGAAGCAUUCCUAGGAAGACCAGUGCGCACCACUUUGGACCUACUGAAGAAACCUGUUCCUGUAACUGAAGCUGUCAAGAAACACAAACAAAACGAACAGUUCAAUUGGCGGCAUGGAGCAGUCAAGCGCGAGUUUGAAGAAGAUGGCCUGGUCUACGUUGAACAGCAUCGCAGAAACGCCAAGUCCUGGAUUCCUUGUCUAGUAAACUAUAGCGUUGCACUGGACAUGAACGGGAGACCGAAGCUGAGCAAGCGACGCAGCAACUACCAUGGGAAAUCCUGCUUGAUGAAAUUCAAGAUGAAGCUGUACCGUUGGAUCCAGAAGUGCAAUUCAAUCAGGAUGUCCCUAUUCCUGUUGGUUCCGUAUCACUCGAAGCUGAUGGUCAAGUGGCAAUGGUACCGUAAGGUUUACGUUAUUUACGCCGAUUAA